AUGUUUACUGGGCUAGCCAUAGACAGUGGCGCCUUGAGUAGUGCAAGUCUUAUAAUAACAGAAAACAGCGGAAAGAAAACCGCUCGCCGGGAAAGCAUCAUUCCAACACUUCUUGCCACUUUCAACCUUUUUCUUGUCUACUUUCAAAUAUUUUACGAGAUGAACAAGAAGAGUUUUUGCGCCCUCAACGACCACUCUUUUUGGGGAAACGAGGAUGAUUCAGACGAGCGCGAGUGGAGCGGUGAAGAGGAGAAACCACCAGGAGUGCCCGUAGGAGAAGCCAUUGAAGCGGUGAGCCACGUUGACAAGGAGGGCGAGUGGAUCGACAUGAAAGCUCAUCACGCGCCAUUCUUUUGUCCACACAUUGAGUGUUUGCAGUAUUAUUGCGAGGGAUGCCGGGCGUCGAUGCACGGAUGUAUGAAUCGUGAGGAUCACAAGCCGCUCGUCAAGAAGGCC